AUGGUGGGGAAAGGUCCCGUGUCUCGGAAAUUGCGAUUGAAAUCCCAAUUUGGUUGUGUGGGUUUCUUCGCGGAAGCUCGCUUUAGAGGGUGUUUAAAAGGGUUUGUUCCUAAAUCUCCAGAGGCUUGGGUGGCAGGGGAUUGGUCCGAAGGGUGUGUUAGAAGAGUGGAAAUGGGUUGUGGUAAAGGAGAAGAAGGUUUUCUGAAGAUUUCAAAGUUGAAGUUACCAGAUACAAGAACAUCUUGGUAUGAUAAGAGCAUGGAUUUGAACGAAUGCAAAAGGGUAUGCUUGAGAAACUGUACUUGCUCAGCUUAUUCGCAUUUCGAUAUUAGAGAUGGAGGAAGCGGGUGUAUACUCUGGUUUGGAGAUUUGAUUGAUAUAAGAGAGUAUAAUGAAAACGGACAAGAUCUGUAUGUGAGGCUUGCUUCUUCUGAGAUAGAAGAGUAUAAUAUCCAUUACGUGAAGGGGAAGUUAAGGGUGAUGCUCAUUGUAGCUUUAUGUACAGCAAUGUUUCUUAUGUGCCUUUGCAUUGGUUUAACUGUCUUCAACAUAAAGAAAAAGAAACUUGCAACCAAAGAAAUUGUGCAGCGCGAGUCAGUCCGUGUUUCAAGCAGGAAGAAAGAAGAGGAAGAUCUUGAAUUACCGUUUCUUGAUCUUGACACGAUCUCAGAAGCUACAAAUGGAUUCUCUAAUGGGAAUAAACUUGGACAAGGUGGUUUUGGACCGGUCUAUAAGGGAACAUUGGCUAGUGGACAAGAAAUUGCUGUAAAGAGGCUCUCAAGAACGUCAAGACAAGGGAAAGAAGAAUUCAAGAACGAGAUCAAGUUGAUUGCAAAGCUGCAACACCGUAACCUUGUGAAGAUUCUUGGGUAUUGCGUGGAGGAAGAUGAAAGAAUGCUUAUCUACGAGUAUCAACCAAACAGAAGCGUGGACUCUUUCAUUUUCGAUAAAGAACGGCGCAGAGAACUUGAUUGGCCUAAACGGGUGGAAAUAAUCAAAGGGAUUGCUAGAGGACUGAUGUAUCUCCAUCAAGAUUCAAGGCUUCGAAUCAUCCACCGCGACCUCAAAGCAAGCAAUGUUUUGCUUGAUUCUGAUAUGAACGCGAAAAUCUCGGAUUUCGGAUUGGCUAGAACCUUGGGAGGAGAUGAAACUGAAGCUAACACGACCAAAGUGGUUGGAACAUAUGGAUAUAUGUCUCCAGAAUAUCAAAUCGACGGGUACUUCUCAUUAAAAUCCGAUGUAUUUAGCUUUGGAGUUUUGGUAUUAGAGAUAGUAUCAGGAAGAAGAAACCGCGGGUUCUGUAAUGAAGAAGACAAGCUUAACCUUAUUGGACACGCUUGGAGGCAAUACAUAGAAGAUAAAGCAUGUGAACUAAUCGAUGAAGCUUUCAAGGAGUCAUGUAGCGAUAUUUCUGAAGUUUUAAGAGUGAUACACAUUGGUCUGCUAUGUGUACAACAAGAUCCUCAAGAUAGACCAAACAUGUCAGUGGUGGUUCUGAUGCUGAGCAGUGAAAUGUUGCUUCUUGAUCCGAAGCAGCCCGGGUUUUUUAAUGAACGAAAUCUCUUGUUUUCCGACACUUUAUCCAUUAAUCUCGAGAUUCCUUCCAAUAAUUUACAAACCAUGAGUGUAAUAGAGCCUAGAUAA